GCAGAUUCCACGGCCUCCAACCACAGCGCUGGGGCGAAGCAGGCGGCGUGGCGAGGCGUCGCAGGGAGGCACUACGCGGGCGCCUCCUUGCGCGUCCUAGCCGCUUUCCUCCAUGCCUUGUGCUUGCCCUCUCCUCGCCUCGCCACGCGCACGUUGGUGCCAUGCGCCUUCAUCUCGGUGCAACGGCCAGGGCAGCGUCGUGUGCUGCGACUGUUCCCGCGCCGCCAUCGGGCUGCCGUUGACGGCCGCAGGUGGCACACGAGGAGGUCGCACGCCUGUCUGCCGCCCAGAUGCUGCAGCGGGCAGCAGCCUGCGACGCUCUGCCUCUUUCCCUUGGCCUCGCCGCUGCUCAACCUCCGUCGCGCAGCAGGCAGACCGAGCAGAGGCGCUUGACAAGCUCGCUGAGACUGCCAUGCUGCUCUGCACCCUUGCGUCGGCUCGCGGCUGCGCUCGGCACCCUGUCUCACAGCUUGGCGCGAGAGCGAGGAGCGCAAGCGAGUCUGAGUCAGCGCGCGCAUCUGCGCGAAGCGCUCGAGCGUCGCCGUCUCUGCCGUGCUCUGCACCCUUACGCUGACUCGGCUCAGACUAAUGUGGGCCCGACGGCAUGUGCCGUGGCGCCGAGUUGAGC